AGUUGUCAUUGGUUCUCAGAAAAGAAAUUCAGAACCCGGUCCGGUCGCGUUUCAUUUUGUGUUUUUCAUUACCUACCUACCUAUAUAGGUACUUAUCUACCUAGGUAUUAAAUUUAUUAUUUGCCGUACAUACCUACGUGUAAAAAAUAUGAAAUAACAAAAUGACAGAAAAUGUAGAACAUUAUCGGAAUCAAAUAGCUUUGGCUAGAACUGAAAUAAAGAACUUACGGCAACAGCUUUCGGCCCUAAAAUAUGAGCAUACUAAGGAAAUAAAGUUAAUAAAGUCUGUUCUGAAUGAUUUACGUUGUGGUACUUGUUCUGAGCCAGCAUCAACAGUUGCCAGUCAAGUUGACACCCAGCCGUUGUCAUCAGUAUCUGACACCCAGCCGUCGUCAUCAGUAUCUGACAUCUCCUUUCGACCAAUCGGAGUGAUCGAGACACCAUUCCAGAAUAAAAGGGCGGUGCCUCGACAGUCGUCUGUUCUAGCUAACGUUCAGGGGACUAUUGUGAUUGAUCAGAAGGUUUUUAACAAUCCUGAGCAUGCCCUCAGUGGGUUGGAGGAGUUUUCUCAUAUUUGUGGGAGCCUACUUUGCAGGGUAAUAUUCAAGUUCCACGCGACAGAGUCCCGCACAUGUCCGGCGAAGGUGUCCCCGCCGCGGCUGCGCGGCGCCCGGCGCGGCGUCCUCGCCACGCGCGCGCCGCUGCGGCCCUGCGCGCUCGGCUUGUCGCUCGUCAAGAUACACAGCAUUCAAGGUAACAAAAUCCACUUCCUCGGAGUAGACAUGGUCUCAGGGACACCAGUCCUGGACAUCAAGCCCUACAUCCCCCAGUACGACAGCCCGGUCUCUGUUGACACCAUGUCUGGUAUCACAAGACCGCCAACUGAAGGGAUUAGUGAUUUGGCUGAGGAUGCAGCUACGUUGAGUGUGGAGGAUGAUGCGAGGAGUCUAAGUCCUCGCGUGGUCCACCCCAUUAGGAUCGACACUAGUCCUCUAUCUCGCUCUCCGUUCGAAGACGAAGCAUCCGGAGAUCAUUCCAUCCUGCUCACUCCAGUGUCACCGUCUCCUGACUCCCCAUCGAGCAUUGACUUGCUCGAUGGCAACUUCAGGCAAACAAGGAGAUUGGAGACCGAACGAGGUGCACCAGAUGGCCAAGAGCGAUUCACACCACCACAACAAUCAGCAUAUCUCAUGAACAUGAAUGAUGGUGUGCGGGUAGCCCCGUGGAUAUCAGACCCACCAUCCCAGCGAUACGAAGUGAGAUUCACCGAGGAAUCAUUGCAAAGACUAAAUGAUCUGAUCGGAGACCGAGCGGAAUCUUUCAAGAGUAACAUUGAAAGUUUGCUGUCCGAAGAUCCCAGGUCUCAUUAUGUGAGGACCAGAUACCCGGACCAUGAAUAUAGUUGUGUCCUAGAAGAUUUGUCUAUAAGCUGUGUUUUUGAUGAUAAUAAUGCAGUUUGUACGAUUAUGGCGGUGAGAAGCGCUGAAGAAUUGCAGCAAUCGUGAAAUGUUUGAAUGAUUAAUUAAUUUAAUGCAUUAAAUACAAUGUUAACAC